AUGCAGUUCCCUGCGCCUGACCUAUUUUCUUCUCAUCGACUGCUUUUAAUAACAGACCAGCUUCCAGCUCCAGCCGACUUUUUACUGCAUCGAUUCCUUCACUUGCACCUGAGGCAAAGCAAAACCGCGAAAUGUUUUGUUCUCGCUGUAUCCGAAAGCCUCGAGCGCUGGAAAUCAGUAGCUUCAAAGGCUAACGCCAAUGUGACCCACAGCGAAUCCUUUCAAUUCAUAGAUGUCUUCGACCAGCACCCACCAGCACAAAAUCCUGGAGAGGGGCCUUUGAAUGACAUCUCUCUAAAGUACAUCUACGAUCUACUAUCAGCCAAAUUGUCAGACUCCCAAACUCAUGGCCAAAUCCCACUCGUAAUCCUGGAUGACAUCACAUCGCUCGAAUGGCUCGGGGUUUCGCUGCUUGACCUGUCCCGGUUUGCUCGUGCUCUAAGAGCCCUCUGUGUUAAGAUGGACGCAGUAUUAGUCGUCAGACACCACAUCGUCACUCCACCAGAGCCAGAUGCACUCUUGCAGCACUUGCUUCAACUAUGCACCUAUCACAUCGAGGUCAGGCCUUUAGCUAGCGGGCGAAGCGGUGCAGUGAGCGGAGAGAUAUGUGUGCACCUAGGGCCUAGCAUGAAAGAUGCGAAUGAACAUGUCAUAUCUCGUACGUCGGCGCUGCAAUAUCGUUUGACGGAGUCAAGUGCUGUGUUCUUCGACAAGGGUACCAGUACAGGAGUUCUGUAA